AGACCGGUGGCCACGUACGGCUCCGUGCUUCAACGGUGAUCCCACGGUCUGGUCGUUAACAAUAGGCUACUACUUUUAUCGUCGACUUUAACGACAUAUUAGAUAUUUGAACUACUUUAAAACACUUUUUGACAGAGGUGCGGAGGGUAAAGUUGUGAAUGAAGGCUCCCUGCUGGGACUGUGAAGCGGGAGGAGGGGAGGGGGCAGGGGUCGUCCAGGCUAUCGGAUCUGGGAUCUGCUCACAUUUAUAAGCAGACAGACGGCAGCUUGUUCGCGGCAGAGCUGGACGGAAGGACAAGUUUCACCGAGGAGUACGCUGGGUUUUAACUUUGAGUUAUUGACGCCGGACGUUUACAAAAAAGGACGUUAAAGUUUGAGACAAGUUUCCCGCUGGGUCCGGACCCUCGUCUCAUGUCAGAACAACGAGUGGCUGGACUGUAAGCUCCUGGAAAUAUCACUCUUUUCACUUGUGACUUAACUUUGCGUUCGCCUCUAAACACAACUACGUGUACGUGUUACUUCACUUCAUUGACUGGGACACAACGUAUCUUCAAAAAUGGAUAAAUACGAGGAUUUUGGACUCGAGGCGAGUAAGUUUAUCGAGGACUUGAACAUGUAUGAAGCAUCCAGAGAUGGUUUAUUUCGCAUGAGAAGGGACGCAGGAAAUAACCCAGACUUUGAGGAGACACGAAAAGUUUUUGCCACUAAAAUGAGUAAAAUACACAUGCAGAAACAGCAAGAGGAGAUGGCAAAAAACAACCAGGCAAUUAGAAUGAAUGGGGGCCACAACAGCACAUAUUACACCAAAGACAGACCGCCCAUCAACAGUUACAGACAGCCGUGUGAAGCGGCGGCGAAGCCCCCGAUCCUCUCUGGCCCCGUGCCGGGCUCCACGGCUGGGACUCCGUACGCACAGUUUGACGGCCAGAAACACCUCGCAGCCAUUCAGUCUGAACCUCCAGUCGGCAGGACGUAUGGCUACGGAAACAAUUACGACAAUAAGGAGCGCUUAGAGCCACAUUCAUACCAGCAGAACAUCCCUACUCCCCCUAUCCCAGGAAACGCGUCUCACAGCGCGCCCACACAAGCUCGUCACCCGGCCAACCAGUCGGCUGCCUGGGCCCCGUCCGCAGAGAGCCAGCUCACCCUGUCUGGGAUUGGGGGCAACAGCACAUCUCAGCAGCAGCCCCAUUCUGCACCUCCCACCGCCAACAGUCUUCCACCUCAGCAGAAACAGGCUGUCACCCCGUCUGGACACCUGAGCCCCCCCUCAUCUGCUGGUCCUGCCAGGGGAUGGGUUGUUGAGCCCUCUGCCUUAGCCAAACCUGACCUCAUCCCAGGCCUGGCUCUGAGUGCCUUCACUGCAGGAGCUGACUUGCAGAAGCCCUCCACACAUUCUGCUGCCCAUUACGCACCAUCUUCUCCAACUUCAAGACCCUCGACCGGCUAUAAUGGUGCUUUGUCAGCUUCCUCGCUCAUACCUGCACCUUUUGAAACAUCUUUACCCAAAUCACAGGUGGCAUCUGCUGCCUUGAUCCCUGGCAAUGUGUCCAAAAGCUGUAGCCAGGGUCAAGGUCAGAGCCAAAAACCUGUCUGUGGACAUGCCGUCGGUGCUGAAGUCCCCUGUCUCACCAAGCCUGUCCAACCACCCUGCCAGUCCCAUCUCACACAGCCCCCUGAACAGGGGCCUUCUGCAGCUGAAAUCAAAUUAGAAGCCCUCACCAAUCGGCUGGAAAAAGAGAUGGAUGCCCAACCAAAGGAUGACUACUUUGGAGUGUGUGUUAAGUGCAACAAGACGGUGUAUGGAGCCAGCCAGGCCUGCCAAGCUAUGGGCAGCCUCUACCAUGACAGCUGCUUCACCUGCAGCGCCUGUAGUCGAAGGCUGAGAGGGAAGGCGUUCUACUAUGUCGGAGGAAGGGUUUUCUGUGAAGAGGACUUUCUGUACUCUGGGUUCCAGCAGUCUGCAGACAAGUGCAACGCAUGUGGACAUCUGAUCAUGGACAUGAUCCUGCAGGCCCUGGGGAAGUCGUACCACCCCGGUUGUUUCCGCUGCGUCAUCUGCAACGAGAGCCUGGACGGAGUGCCCUUCACUGUGGACACUGAGAAUAAAAUCUACUGUCUGAAAGACUACCACAGGGUCCUGGCGCCUAAAUGUGCUGCGUGUAACCAGCCCAUCCUGCCCUCAGAGGGGUCUGAUGAAACCAUUCGAGUUGUAUCCAUGGACAAAGACUAUCAUGUGGAAUGCUAUCACUGUGAGGACUGUAAGAUGGAGCUGAACGACGAGGAGGGUCACCGCUGCUACCCUCUGAACGGACACCUCCUCUGCCACUCCUGCCACCUGAAGCACAUGGAGCCCGGCUGCUCCUCCCCCGUCCCUGCAGCCGCCUCAUACUAACCCUGCAGAAGGUGGAGGGAGACCCCUGGUGGAGGAAAGGCCAAAGUGUUAUUAUCCACAGCCGAGUGGAAACGUGCAAUUCUUGUUGUAGAGGAUUGAUUAAUGCAAUGCAUCAGAUCGUACUUUGGUUUGAUUUGUAUUUUCAAAGGAGUGUUUAUGAAGUUUCCAUUAUGCCUUAAGAAGUUUGACCCAAUAAUGAAGUAUUGUAAUACACCAAAGCCCUAACAUGGAUACAGUUAAGCAUUGCCUGCUACAGAAGGACUUUGCAGAAGUCUUGCCAUGUGAUUUUUUAAAUGUAAAUAUCAUUUGCAUUGGCUGUGUAACUAUCGACAGACAAUUCAUAUAAACAACUCAGUUUAGAUACCUUCAACUUUAUAUUUACACUACAAUUUAAAUGCACCCAUACAUAAUCUAAGUCUAAUGGUUCAGUUGGCUCACCAGCUAAGAUAUUGGAAAAUAAACUCAUAUGAUACAGUUUCUAUUGCAAUAACAAACGUUUGUGUACCUACAUAUGAGGAAUAUACAAAAUCAUGGCAUAACUAUCAUUCAUUCCAUAAUUUUCUAAUUAUAUUUCUUAUACAAAUUCCUGCAAGAAUACAAUAUGAACUUUUUAUCAUGACCAUUCCAAAGAAAUGUUAAACAAUCUCAUAAUGCCCAGGUUGCUAAGCCUUUGUGGAUUCAGGGCCUACCAUUACAGUCAUGUAAAACAUUUGAAUGACUUUCUUUUG